GAGCAGUGUUGGAAUUGAGCCACAUUUGACUCGGAUAACGUUUCUCUAUUCAAAUUUCCAUCAUAAAAGGCUAAACGCGUGUGAUCGCUUCCGACGCACAAUUUUUCCUGACCAGCGAAAGCAAAAUCAGCAAAGAGGAACAGGAACGAGGAGGGGAGCGAGCAAGCGAGCGAAAGUGGGGAUGCUCUAGCUCUUCAAGGAUCUGAUCAGGAAGGCUGACAGUGAGAACUAUGGCUUCUUCUUUCACAUUGCCAUCGCACUUCGUUCCUCCGCUCUUUGCCCGGCAUAGCCAGCCUCUUUAUCCUGUUGUCGCGGUUAUUACUAGUCCCCGCCAUCGAGGUUUCCAGGCCAGCGCCACUGCAGUCGCCACCGAGCUGGAGUCUCGAGGGCAGGACAAUGGAUUUCUAGACCAGAAACUACUUUCAUGUCCUAUUUGCUAUGAGCCAUUGAUAAGAAAAGGACCUCCAGGUCUGAACUUGCCUGCAGUCUAUAGAUCUGGAUUCAGGUGUAAAAAAUGUAAUAAAUCAUUUACAAGUAAAGAUGGAUAUCUGGAUCUCACAGUUACCUCCGGAACAACAGAAUACAAUGAGUUCAAGCCUGCUCGGACAGAGUUAUUUAGGAGCCCACUAGUAUCAUUUCUUUAUGAAAGAGGAUGGCGCCAGAACUUCAUUCGAAGUGGCUUUCCUGGUCUUGAUGAAGAGUUCAAAAUGGCUCAAGAAUACUUCACGUCUGUGUUUGGAGGAGUUCUUGUAGAUGUCAGUUGUGGGAGUGGCUUAUUUUCAAGAAAAUUUGCAGCAUUGGGGGCAUAUUCUGCUGUUAUUGCAUUGGACUUCUCUGAGAAUAUGCUUCGUCAAUGCAAUGAGUUCAUUACACAAGAUGCUUCUCUUUUGGCUAACAGAAACCUUGCUCUCGUGAGGGCAGAUGUCUCUAGACUUCCAUUCGCAUCGGGCUCGAUUGAUGCUGUACAUGCUGGUGCUGCUCUGCACUGUUGGCCCUCUCCUUCCAAUGCGAUUGCUGAAAUUAGCCGUAUCUUAAGAAGUGGUGGUGUCUUUGUGGCAACUACCUUUUUAUCAAGUCCUGUUAACAGCCCUUUCUCUGCUGGAGAACUGAGGCCUCUUAGACGGUUAUUUGGGCAAGUGACCAACAGUUAUUCCUAUUUUACUGAGAAAGAGAUUGAAGACCUGUGCAAGUCCUGUGGGCUCAUAAACUAUUCAGCCAAAGUACAAAGAUCUUUUAUAAUGUUCUCUGCACAGAAGCCAUAAUACAAUUUUGGGAUUCUUUUCCUUAGCCAUUCCUUCGGGUGCACUGUAUAUAUAACUAAUGUUAGAUCAUGGGACAUGGCAUGUGACUUCAUGGUUUGGAUUAAGUUAUAUGUCACUUGUAUAAUUCUUUUUUAUUUUAUAUAGUCAUGUAUGCAGUCAGUACUGUAGCUCUUAAAAUCAUAUAAAUACAGAUUGAGAGGCCAUUCUAGAGGGGGCUUUUUAGGGUGUUAUAUAGCACACUAGCAAGAAAUUCUAGAGCUUCUCUCCAUAGAAUCGGAUAUCCUUCAGCUUGUUUCUCA